AUGAAUGGAACAAAAAAUAUGCCCAUCAUCACUGAUUUGGGAAUUUAUCAACCAGCAAAUCUAAAACCUACAGAGAAUGACAAAAAGCAAGUAUUUGGGGUGUUACCUUACUUGGCUCCCGAAAUUUUAAAAGGAAAAAAUCGUACCCAAGCAAGUGAUAUUUAUGGAUUUGGAAUUAUAGCGUACGAAAUAACUACCGGGUUGCCUCCGUUUUAUGAUAUGGCUCAUGAAGAACUCUUGGCUACAAGAAUCUGUCAAGGGUUGAGACCAAAGACCAAUUAUAAAGUUCCACAGAAAAUUUUAGACAUAAUUAAACAAUGUUUGGACGCAGAUCCUUUAAAACGUCCUAAUGCAUUAAAAUUAUCAGGUUAUUCUGAAAAGGGAAAGGUCAAUGUUACAAAUUCCAGUUCUAACCUAAGACCAUUUGGAACUUUAACGCCAAUACCACCACCACCAAGGAUUCGAAAUGAACCUAAUUUGCAACAGGCAAAUGUUAAAGAUCAUGAAAAUUGGCUCGCGAAACAACAAGAAAGGAUAAGCAUUCUUCAACAAAAUGUGGAAUUGCAAAAACAUUUACGUGAACUCUCAACAACUGGUGAAGAUCAUGAAAAAUGGUUGAAACAAGAAGAACAAAGAAUCGACGUUAUGCAACGACAAAUUGAAUUUCAAAAACAAUUAAAUGAAUUGUAUUUAGCAAUUCCACAGCUGACGAAUGAUGAUGAAUAUGAAAAAUGGAUGGAAAGACAGCAAGAAAGAAUAAGGGUUCUUAAACAACAAGUAGAAUUGCAACAGCAAUUAUAUGAGUUAUCAAAUGCUAAUAUGAAUUAUUAUUGA